GAUGGACCAGUUGGAAUUGAUGAGAUCGAUCCUAAUGGCCAAUGGGUACGUAUUCUGAACAGCACCGAUGAAGAAGUCAGCAUCGCACACUGGAAGCUGCUUGUACGCGCUGGAGGCAAAGAAGUGACCUACCAGUUCAAUACCCGCAUGAAGCUUGAUCCUCAUGGCCAUGCUACCGUGUAUUCUGCUGAUUCUGGCGAGAAACACCGUCCACCAACAGACUUCGUCAUGAAGAAGCAGAAUUGGCCCAUCGGUGACAAUCCAUCAGUGCGUCUUGAGGAUCAUGAAGGCGAUCUUCGAUCAUCGGUCACCUUCGAAACGGACGAAUCCACGGACCCAUCUGACCCUGCAGAGCGAUGUAGCAUCAUGUAAGA